AUGGUGUCUAACACGUUCGUUCUAAUCGCGCUGGGCGCUGUCGCGGCUGAGGCUGCUACAACCUUGUCAUUCCUGAAUGGAUUGGCCCCAGAAACAGUAUCAAAGACACCGAGUUUCAGCGCUCACACAAGCAAACAUGCGGAUGAGAUCACAAACAUCCCUGGAUAUGGAAAGCCGGAUACGCGUAUGUACUCUGGAUAUGUGUCUGCCAACGGCCACAAUGACGAGAGCAACUACAACGAGGAACGCAAGGAUUACCUUCACUACUGGCUGGUAGAGUCUGAGGGCAGCCCUGAGACCGAUCCUCUAGUUAUUUG